AUGAACAUUGUGAGAAAAGUCAAUUUGAUGAUACCUUGGAGUAUAUGCUGGGUUCACAUACUGCUGUUUUCAUUACAAGGAUCUGUCUGUACAUCAUCCGUCUUGACAAGAGCAUCAGAAAACGGCUUUCAUGAAAGUCCGCAGAAAAGAGCUCUUUUAGCGGCCCAGAUUGAAGCAACUUCUCCAAGAUAUUUCUUCCAUGAAGCUUUUAACUGGGGUGAGAGCAAAAUAAAAGGUUCUUGUCCUCAUGAAUGCCUUAACGGAGCUUUCUGUUCUAAGGCUGGGACAUGUGACUGUCAAAUAUUUCAGGCGCUUGGGACACGCUGCCAGAUUGUGCCAAACAUGGGCAGUGGCAGAGAUGGGGUUUGCAAAACCUGGGGACAGUACCACUUUGAAACUUUCGAUGGCAUCUACUAUUAUUUCCCAGGAAACUGCUCUUACAUUUUCGCAAAGGACUGUGGUAAUUUGGAGCCUCGGUACACUGUAUGGGUUCAUAAUAGUCCUAAGUGCCUUGGUUCGGUGUAUCAUUGUUAUCGGUCAAUCAGCUUGUUCUUUUCAGACCAAGAGGAAAUUCAGAUUUAUGGGCAUGAAAUAAAAAAGAAUGGAAUCAGUUUAACAUUGCCUCAGACAAUUGGACAGGUUUUCAUUGAGAAACUAGCUGACUAUAUCCUGGUGAAAACGACCUUUGGUGUUUCAUUGGCUUGGGAUGGAAUAUCUGGCAUUUACCUCAAGCUGUCUGAGGAGCACAGAGGGAAAUCAUGUGGCCUUUGUGCAAACUACAAUGGCCUUCAAUCCGAUGAUUUCAUCGUCCAGCAAGAGGACUACACAGAAGACAUUGCUAUGUUUGCAAACAGUUGGUUGGUGCAAACUGCAGAUGACACCAAAUGUAUACCCACACCCUCAGAUUUUCCAAAUCCGUGCUCCAGUGGAAUACCUGCGUUCGAGGCAAUCUUCUUCAAGUGUCAGAUACUGUUGCAGUUCCCUUUUUUGAGCUGCCACGAAUACAUUGAUCCAUAUUUAUAUAUUGCCAGCUGUGUUAACGAUCUGUGCAAAACUCAUGAUGAUGACACCUAUUGCCGAGCAGCCACCGAGUAUGCCAGAGCCUGUUCCCAUGCUGGCUACCCUAUUCACGACUGGCGAGAUGACUUUCCCGCAUGCAUUGAUAAAUGUGAUGAUAGCUUUGUCCACCGGGACUGUAUCAGCUGUUGCCCACCAACCUGCACGUUCGAGAAACAGUGUCUUGGGAGCAAUCUCCGCUGUCUUGAUGGAUGUUACUGCCCAGACGGCCUCGUAAUGGAAAAUGGGACAUGCAUCUCCUUGGAAAAUUGCCCGUGUAAUUUUCAUGGAUUGGCUUAUUCAGUUGGUUCAAAAAUUGAACAAGAAUGUACUGAAUGUGUCUGUGUUGGUGGAGUUUGGAACUGCACUGAGCAUGACUGCCCAGUUCAAUGCUCUGUUGUGGGCGAUUCUCAUUUUACUACUUUUGAUGGUCGGCAUUAUUCAUUCAUCGGAAUGUGCCAGUACAUCCUUGUAAAAGGAACUGGAAAAGACAAAUUCACGAUUACUUUACAGAAAGCUCCCUGUGAGCAGAACCUUGGUUUGGUCUGCCUUCAGUCUAUAACGCUCAUUCUGGAGGAUGAUUUUAACAAACAAGUGACCCUUAGCCGGGGAGGAAAAAUCCUCACCAGCCCUAAUCAAGGCUUCCGUCUGAAUGGAAUCGUUGAAAUUCAAACUCUGUCAUCAUUAUUUAUUCUUCUAAAAACCACGUUUGGUUUAAAGAUUCUCUUUGCUGUAGAUGGGGAAAGAAUUUAUAUUCAACUCACCAGUGCGUGGAAAAGAAGAACCUUAGGUCUGUGUGGCACUUUUAAUGGGAACAUAAGGGAUGAUUUUCUUUCUCCAGCAGGCAUGAUAGAAGGUACCCCGCAACUUCACGCCAAUGCCUGGAGAGUCUCCUCCACUUGUUUUGCACCUGUCCAUGUUCCUGUGGUAGACCCCUGCAACAUUAACCAACAAAACAUUGGCUAUGCGGCGCACUGCGAUGUCAUCCACCAAGAGCUCUUUGCUCCUUGCCACGUCUACAUCAGCCCCGGGCUCUACUACCAGCUGUGCCGCCAUGACGCAUGCAAGUGUGGGAGCCCCUGCCUAUGCAAUGCCCUUGCCCACUAUGCCUACCUCUGUGGCCAACGUGGUGUUCCCAUCAAUUUCAGAGCUCAGGUUUCAUUCUGUGGGGUGGUGUGCCAGAAGGGCAUGCUGUACCAUCACUGCGCCUCCUUCUGCCGCCGCUCCUGCGUCUCUCUCUCUUCUCUGGAGCAGUGUCCUGAGGACUGUGCUGAAGGCUGCAGCUGUCCUGAAGGCAAAUACUAUGAAGACACACUCAGCUUUUGUGUGCCCAUACCUCACUGCCGGUGUCAUUACAGAGGCAGCGUUUACCAACCUGGAGAGCUCAUUCCAACACCCUCAGGCUUAUGCCAGUGUUCCAAUGGGACUGUGAAAUGUGAUGAAUUAGCAACGCCCUCUACUGUUCACGUCUGCCCCGAGGGAAAACAGUAUUUCGACUGCAGGUUUCCUGACCCCGAACUACCAGCUGGUGGUGUAAAUUGUGAAACUACGUGUGCAAACCUGGCUAUGAACUUCACGUGUGCCCCAUCGUCACCCUGCAUAAGUGGUUGUGUUUGUGCUCCAGGCAUGGCGGAGCACAAAGGCAGGUGCUACGUUCCCGAGAGCUGUCCGUGUGUCUGGAGAGACUGGGAGCGCCUCGCGGGGGAAGCGGUUGCCACACCGUGUUACACGUGUGUCUGUCGACGAGGCACGUUCAAUUGCACGUAUUCUCCGUGCCCAGCCGUGUGCACGGUAUAUGGGGACCGGCAUUAUCAUUCCUUCGAUGGGCUGGAAUACGAUUACAUCAGUGACUGCCAGGUGUUUUUGAUAAAGAGUACAGAUGAUUCAGAUAUAUCUGUCAUUGCCCAGAACAAGAAAUGCUUUGACAACGAUAUUGUUUGUUCUAAAAGUGUUUUGAUUUCAGUUGGGGACACCGAAAUUUACUUGAAUGAUACUCCUUAUAAACAGAAACGAUCAGGUUUUUUUCUGGGGAAUAAACCUGCAUACCAGCUUUGGAAGGCAGGUCUCUAUAUGGUAGUAUACUUUCCAGAGAAAGAUAUCACUGUUCUUUGGGAUAAAAAGACAACCAUCCAUAUCAAAGUUGGACCACAGUGGAAGAGCAAAUUAUCGGGAUUAUGUGGAAACUUUGACAAAUGUACUUCAAAUGAUAUGACCACGUCCAAUAACUUAGAAGUGAGAAAUGCCCAGGUGUUUGGAGAUAGUUGGGCAUUAGGACAGUGUGAAGCCCCAAGUGAACCAUUGAAACCCUGUGAAGCACAUCAAAACAAAUUCCCUUAUGCCAAGAAAGAAUGCUCUAUUUUGUACAGUGAUGUUUUUGCUCCUUGUCGCAACGUGAUUGACGUUACUUCUUUUGCCAAAAAUUGCCAUGAAGACACGUGUAACUGCAAUCUUGGUGGGGAUUGUGAGUGUUUGUGCACAAGCGUGGCAGCCUAUGCACACAAGUGCUGUCAGGAAGGGGUACCGGUUCACUGGAGAUCAUCCUCUGUCUGCUCCCUUGACUGUGAAUAUUAUAAUGAAGGGCUUGGAGAAGGACCAUAUAUGCUGGCAAGUUAUGGGCACAGUGGCUUUAUUCUGGGGGCCAAUAUGACCAGUGGAAGCAUUUUCUCUCUGUCAAGGAGUAGUAUUCAUGGCAAUUUAUUUUUUAAUUUUAUGAUCACUCCAGGCCUUUUCAAAGAGAAGGCAUCAACAUUGGUACUUGUUUCCCUGGAGUCCGCGGAAAGGCCGAACUACUUUCUCUCCGUCCAAGAUGAUGACAGCCUUAGACUGAAACUCUGGGAGGCCAAUUCAGCCUUUCAUCGGAGAGCCACAUUUUUUCACCACCAGGGCCUUUGGAUUCCUAGUUACAGUGCGUUUGAGUUAUACAGCAAGAAAGGCUUUUUCAUCAUAUUGACAGACUCUAGUGCCAGAGCAUCAAAAUAUGAUGAUUCUGAAGAAUUUAAACAUUUAGGUAGCUUCAGAAUAGAAGAAACCCAGGCAGCAGUGCCUUACAGGAGGAUGUGUGAAUGGAGAUAUGAACCUUGUGCCACGCCCUGUUUCAAGACAUGUAGUGACCCCGAAGCACUAGCAUGUAAAUUUCUUCCACCGGUUGAAGGAUGCUUGCCCUACUGCCCUAAAAAUAUGAUCCUUGAUGAAGUCACCCUCAAAUGUGUUUAUCCAGAAGACUGCAUACCUCUGAUGCCCACAGAACCAGCAUUAAUUUCACCAGGUGAGCCAUCUCUACCCGGGUUUACAGCUCUUCUUACAAUUUUAGAUGCUACACUCGGCUUCGCCCCUUCAGACUUUGAAUAUUUUAGAGAUACGUUUAGAACUAACAAAAAAACUUUGGAAGCAGGUCCAGAAAUGGUUACUCCCUCGGUCUUCACUGUACUUGACAUGCUGACACCAACCACAGGUUGGGAAUGUGAGCCUCAAAAAUUUGAUCCUGUUUAUAACUGUAGCCAAUACAUAUGCCUUAAUACGGAAUGGAAGUUGUACAACUGGUCCCUGCAUUGCCCAAAGGGCUUGGAAACGCCUGCCUGUGGUUUCCGGGGAAGACCGGUUCAGGUGAACAGAGACGUCUGCUGCCCUGAGUGGGAAUGUCCCUGCCGGUGUUCCAUGUUGUCAGAACUCAGCAUCAUUACAUUCGAUGGCAACAAUGCGGCAUUGUACAGUAUGGCUUCUUAUAUCUUAGUAAGAGUUCCUGGUGAAGUUAUAGUUGCUCAUAUUGAAAAGUGUUCCAUGAAUCAGAAUGGAAACUCAUUUAAAAAGCUAGCUUCCUCUGGAAGAAUCUCUGGACUUUGUUUUAAGAAGUUAAAUUUGACCACAUCUCUGCAUGAAAUACUUGUCAAUCGGGCAGAAAGAAAGGUCCACGUGGAUUCUGCUGCUGUGCCUUUACCCUUUGCAGAGCAAGACCUGUCCAUAGAGGAUUCUGGCUCAAUGUAUGUGAUUGCUACUCCGGCCGGACUAAUCGUGAAGUGGGCUCACCUCACGGGGAUUGUAGACAUUCAUUUCGGCUCUCAGUUUAACCUGUCAUCCCACACAGAAGGCCUUUGUGGAAUCUGCAACGAAGACCCAGAUGAUGACCUCAGGAUGCAAAAUGGCACAAUCAUUACGAAUGUGGAAGACAUAGAAUUGUUUAUUGAGAGCUGGGAAAUUGAGAAAUCCUUUGAGGUAACAACGCGAAGGCCCGUUAGAAAUUGUACUGAGCACGACUGCAGUCACUGCAUCGAGUUACUGAAUAGGAAAGCUUUCAUCCCAUGCCAUGAUGAGGUUUCACCACAGGAUUUUUGUGAAAAGAUGUGGAUCAAUUACACCUAUUUUUGGAACUAUGAAUGUGAUGCCCUUUCUGCAUAUGUGGCUCUAUGCAACAAGUUUGAUGUUUGUAUUCGGUGGAGAACACCUGAUUACUGCCCUCUGAGUUGCCCCGAGGGGAAAGAAUAUCAACCCUGUGUGCAGCCUUGUGAAGCAAGGACAUGUCUGAACAGAUGGUUCUACGGAUACUCUUCGUGUCUGAAAUUAAGGGAAGACUGUGUGUGCAAAAAUGGGACGAUUCUUCACAGGCCAGAUUCAACUCGGUGCAUUCCUGAGAAAGAAUGUGCAUGCACGGAUAGUGAAGGCCGGCCUCGAGCUGCUGGGGAGGUUUGGAAGGGGGGCAUCGACGAGUGCGCCCUGUACAGAUGUUUGGAGAACGGCAGCAUCAUCCCCAUAGAACCUGACUGUGAUGAGGCGCCCUCACCAGUUUGUGAGCGAGAAGCUCAAGUCGUCCUGGGCUUUGUCGAUCAGUGGACCUGCUGUUCAAAGGAAGUUUGUAGUUGUGACAUGACCUUGUGUGAAACUGCCAUUCCAGCGUGUACAGAUAGUCAAAAAUUGAUCAUUGGCCACAGCCCUUUUUCUUGUUGUCCACAAUAUCUCUGUGAAUGUGACCCAUCCAAAUGCCCCCUGAUUUCGAUACCAGAAUGCAGAGAAGACCAAUUCAUGAUUCAAGUUCAGCAGGAGGAGCCUUGCUGUUUUUCUCCCCUCUGUGUUUGCAAACCUUGCACUCAGCCUAUUCCGCUAUGUGCUGAUGGGGAAUUUCUCACUUUGGAUCUUAACACCAGGCACGUCUGUUGCCCUCAGUAUUACUGCGUGUGUGAGCCAAACCUUUGUCCUAUGCCACUGCUCAACUGUGCAGAAGAUAUGAAACUUGUGAAAGAAAAUGUAUCUGGUCAAUGUUGUCCAACAUGGCAUUGUGAAUGUAGCUGUGAAAAUCUUGUUAUGCCAACUUGUAAAGUGGGAGAAUUUGCUGCAAUAGACCGUAGCUUUCAGAGCGACUGUGGAUGUGUACAGUAUCUCUGUGAAAAGGAUGAUGUGUGUGUGUUUCAAGAAGCGUCAGUAUUGCAUCCCGGCCAGUCUAUGAUAAAGUACUUGGAAGGGGAUUUUUGUUACACGGCAGAGUGUCUGGAAGAAAAAGAUAACCAUACAGGCUUCCACACUUUGAACAUUACAGUGGUGAAUUGCUCAAAGGAAUGCGAUGUUCACCAGGUAUACACUCCAUCUCCAAGUGAUUAUGAUUGUUGUGGUUCCUGCAAAAAUGUAUCCUGCAAAUUUCAAAUGGAAAAUGGAACAUUAGUUGUAUAUGAGGAGGGGAGUACUUGGCACUAUAAUUGUACUACAUUUGAAUGUGUGAAGACUGACGAAGGGGCAAUGAUUCUGAACUACAGUGUGGUCUGUCCCCCUUUUAAUGAAACUGAAUGCAAAAUGAAUGAAGGAGUUAUAAAGCUUUACAAUGAAGGCUGUUGCAAGAUCUGCAAACGAGAAGAAAGACUAUGCCAGAAAGUGAUUAUUAAGUCAGUCAUAAGGAAACAGGACUGUGUAAGUCAAAGCUCGAUAAACGUUGCAUCUUGCGAAGGGAAAUGCCCCUCAGCUACCAUAUAUAACAUCAACGUUGAGAGCCACCUGAGAUUCUGCAAGUGUUGUCGUGAAAACGGGGUGCGCAACCUGACUGUGCCGCUGUACUGCUCCGGCAAUGGCACCGAAGUCCUGCACGCCCUCCAGGAGCCCACAGACUGCACAUGCCAGUGGAUUUAAACCCGUGGGUUCCAGGAACGCUCCGCAGCAUCGGAGUGUCAAAUGUCGUUAACUUUUAUCCCUAUUUUUAAGGCACUUGGCAGAUUUAUAGUGUACAAUAGUAAUGUGUGUUUUCAGACGUUUGGGAUAUGGCCAUUUAACACUUGCCAUAACAUAUAUACAGUUUCCAUGGGAAAAUUAGAUUUAUUGACAUAGUCUGUUUUAGAGAAUCAAGGGAUUUUAGGGUGUUCCGCUGAGAUGCUGUUACAUAUGUAAAUGCAACAUACGAUUCCAUUCUUACGUAUUAAAAGGUCGUUUGCAGGAUUCACUCAAUGGUUUUCUUUUUGGUCUGCAGCGUCUGCCGUGGCUAUUCAAAUUAAGAUACUCUUUCAUCACUAUUGUUUACCUGGUAAAUGUAAUCAGUCAGUGCUGGUAUCUGGGCAGCCAAAGAGUGGCAUGCUUAGAGACAGGUCAGAGAACUAUAGCAUUUUGUAUUAUUUAAGUUUGAAUAGAUAUUAGGGAUGUUACUGCAAAUUCUACCCUGCUCUUUUUUGACCACACCCAUGGAAUACGGAAGUUCUGGGCAAGGAUCAAGCCUAUGCCACCGCAGUGACCUGAGCCAGAGCUUUAACCCACUGAGCCACCAGGGAACUCUGCAAAUUCUCCUUGUUUUGCAAGUGUAUCCGACAGCCAGGGAAGCUGUGUGACUUGUACGAAAUCAUUUGAUACAACAAUGUGGUGAACUGAUGUUAACAGUUGGAUGAAGUCUAUGUCUUUUAUGUUCUAGUCUCACGUUCUUUUCUUUUGAACCGUAGAGUGAGGCGUGUAUCAUAGAGCCUUUUAUUCUUAAAGAGUUUGCUUUGCCUAGAAUUAAGAAUUUUAACAUCAGUGAUUUUAAAAAGAAGAAAAAAAAUGCCACCCGUACAUACGUAUAUACAUUCGUAUAAUCGUUACCCCAAUAAUAAGGAACGGGGAAAUGCAGCAUCAGUUGCUAAAUAGAGGAGGGAGAUCUGGGGCUUUUAUUUUUUAUGUCAUUAAAACGGUUUUAAAAUAUGUUGCUAUCAUUUAACAUUUAGUAGCUAUUUACUGCCUCAUGGACAUCUGGUUUUUGAGAUGUACUUGUGUAGCUAUUGAAGUUGCAUGCUGUU